CACCAUUUUUAUCUUGGUGUCAGGCAGGGACAGACUGACCAUUCGAACACUCGGGCACUGCCCGAGGGCCCGGGGUCAGUAGGGGGCCCCAUUAAAUACCCCUGGUACCUUUUUAAUAGGCUUUUUUGAGUGUGGGCAAGGACACAGUGGCCCCAUGAUCCCCUAUUGCCUGGGGGCCCCAUGAGUUGUCAGUCCGCCCCUGGUUCCGCCCCUGAUGGUAAGCCACAUAAGUGCACCUCCA